AUGUCUCUCCCCGACGGCCAGCGCACCAUCGGUCCACACUUUGUUGCCGACGCCGACCUGGCCGGCCUCCUAUUCGACUGCGACGGCACGCUCAUUGACACGAUGCCACUCUUCUAUCACUCGUGGGCCGAGGUGUGCCCUCAGCACGGCCUAUCGAUGUCGGAGGACGACUUUUACGGCUUCGCGGGGAAGCCGCUGCCCGACAUCGUGCGGGAGAUGCACCGCGCUCAAAAGGGCACCGACGCGACCGACGCCUUUGUGGCCGCCUUUCUGGCGGAGAAGAAGCGGGCGCACCUGCAGGCCGAGGAGAAGAUCGGCGCGCCGGCGCCGAUUGCGUGCGUGGUGGCGCUCGCGCGUGGGGCGCUCGCGCGAGGAGAGGCUGCCAACAGGUUGCGGGAGCACGUGGAGCGGCACCUCGAGAGCGCUGGGCUCGCGGACAUCUUCAACUCGAGGCUGGGGAACGUGGUGUGCGCGGCGGAGGCACACGCCGCCGGCUGCCACGUGGUCGACGUCACGUCCAUGGCGGGCUACCCGUCGUGCGACGGGCUGAGGCGCGCGAAGCAGGCGGCGGAGGCGAGCCGCGCUUGGCUCUCACCGCCAGGGGCUGCAGCUGUGCCGCCGUGA